UCUGGGGGCUCUCGCUUUGCGCGCACUGCGAAGCGUGUACACUCCUCACCUCAUCUCAUCAUCCGCGUCUCUAAACCUCCCCACACCGGGAAUCUCUCCCGCUCUCUCUCUCUUUCUCGCUUACAGAAGCUAUUUUAACUUUGCAAAGACGACAGAAUUUCAGUGGCCAAAUGGCUUAUUGAAGAAAGCGACCUUCAAAUUUAUAGUGGAGAGAAAUUACGAUACUGUGGCGGGCGGCAGUGGGUUUCUUUUUUUCCCCCUUUUUUCCCGAGCGAAAUGAUUGGCCAUUUCUUCAAAUGAGAAAGUCUGAGAAAUGUCUUUUUCUGUGGGCGACACCAUCAGCAUCCGAGCCAUAAUGUACAGGCGAAAACAAGCCAGUCUUUGCGUCCUUCAAACAAUAUCUGGAUUGACGAGAACUCAGAGGUCUCAGAGUGCUUAAUGCCAUUAACUCCUUCACUGACAUAAACCAGUCACAGAGGAGCCUCUUUCACAUCACUCUUUCGUCUCCCUGCUGUCACCGAGAAGCUCCUUCCACUUUUUUACCCCUGCUGAUUAUGGAGAAUCUCAGUGAACUCCAAAAUCCAUUGCUGGACAAAAACAGUAAACACAUGAUCAAUGGUUACGGAGGAGAAUUCCCCAACAAUCAUUACCAGGAAAACAUUAUAAACUACUUUGCUGGAGGAGGAGGUGGAGGUGGAGGAGGUGAGGGUGGAGGAGGAGGAAAAGUGAGUAAUGGCAAUGCAGUGAGCGGAAGUUACAAUACCAACGGGAAGGUGAAAUCCCAGCAGUUUUUGGAUGCCACCUCGCUACAUCUGGCAGUAGAAGCCUUCUAUAGACCCAAUUUCAUCCUGUACAAGGAGGACAGUGGCAGCAUUAAGGCUAAGGAAUACAGAAAUGAGUGCUGUGAGACCACCUUCACAGAGAAAAAGGCAAAGGAGGUGUCCAACACAACCGGGGCAGACACGCCCAGCACGGAAGAUCCUCAGACGAAGCUGCUGGAGGACGGCGAACACAUCAAGAUCCAAACAGUUUCCUAUGAGGUGGAGGAGGAAGAGUAUGUGGAAUAUGAGACAGACUGUUCUACCGACAGCGAGAGUGAAGACAACUUCAUAGUUGUCCCUCCACGAGAUCAUCUCGGCCUGGCCAUAUUCUCCAUGCUCUGCUGUUUCUGGCCUUUGGGGAUUGCAGCAUUUUACUUCUCACAAGGGACCACUAAGGCAGUGAACAAAGGUGACUUCCCGCUGGCCAACAUCGCCUCCCGAAGGGCUUUGUUCUUAGCUGCCCUCUCCAUCACUAUAGGCACUGGUGUGUAUGUAGGGGUAGUGGUAGCGCUCAUUGCCUACCUCUCUAAACCAGGGCACAUAUAGCAGUCACACCUUCUUUCCAAACACCUCCAGGGAGCCCAGGAAGAGAACACCAUCCUCUGGGGAAUGUCACUGCGCCUGCAGACUUUGAGGAAAGUUUUUCCAGGAUGUACAAUUUUUUCCCCCCCUCCACCUUCCUUUUGUUCCAGACUUCUCUCCCUGCAGGCCCUCUGUCAGCCAAGAUUUGCCACAGUGACUGGAGAGAGGUCAAGCAAGAGGGCAAGAAGAGGGAGGACUGUGGAUAGAGAGAGACUGCUGAGACAGAGGGUUUGAGUAAAGGAAGCAUUCCAUGUUGGAGCCCAGUUUGCAUCACAAUGGCUUAAAUCCAUGUCGGCUUCGUCGUCUCCUGACGGAUUUUUAGGUUCCACAAGCCCUAAAGAAACUUUGAAGAGAGAAGCUCAGACAGUAACCUAUUGAACUCAACCAAUUAUUAACAAGCAGAGGUUUAGGAAGGUUCAAACCAACACAGUGUAACUUAUUCACCUAAACCAAUACUAUACUGUUGUUGUUUGAGCUGCUGUUAAAAUUGGAGCUGCCCUGUGGAGUCUUGCCCUGUGUCAUCUCAGUUUGCCACCUAGGAUUGUCUUUAAUAUACUAUAAUCUGCCCCCAUCAGCUCAAAAAUGCAUUUGUCUCUGGGCUGACUGCCUCACACCGCAAUAUAAAAAAAAAAAAAAAAAAAAAAAAAGACAUGUGAGAACAUUUACAGUUUCUUAAACCAUGACAAAGGAGGACUUAUUUCCAGAGGGGCAUAAGAAAAAAAAAAUACAGAGCGUUCAUCAAUAAAGGAUCAAACUCUUGAAAAUCAAAAUAAUAAGAAUUAUGACAGGGAACACGGUUCCCUUCUCAUUAAAACAAAUGCACUGGCAUGAAUCAGAAAAAUCUCAAUGGAACCACAGGCCUGCAUUUUUCCUCAGUAAAGCUGUCCAUCUGUCAAAUUCCUAGUACUCCUAAAAUCUUCUCAUGCAGAUAUGUUUGCCUACAUACAUGCAAAUGUGCUUUGUUUUGUUGUUGUUUUUGUUGUUAUGUUCAUCCUUUUGUGUUCUCUACUGUUUAAAAGGUGUCUUCAUUAAUACUGUUUAAACUAAUGUUCAUUUAUGGCCUUUGAAGUAAAGCACAGAUGUGAGAUGGUCAGAUAUUGAGGGGAAAUGGUGUCCAGUGUUUCUUCAAGUGACACAUCUGGUAACACAGCAUGAAAUAUGAAAUGAAGCAUGAGCUGUUUAAGGAUGCUAUAUACAUCAGGUACACAAUUUCAGUUAAAAGCAGGUCUUACAUACAGUUAGGUUCUUAAGUUUUUGGACAAAGACUUAAUUGUGUAAAUUUUUGUUUGUUGGAAAUCAAACGAUCAAGAUGUGCAGACUUUCAGAUUUCAUUCAAGUGGUUUAACAGAAGUAUUUAAUUAACUAUGUGAAAAUGGGGGACUGUAUUUAAAAAUGUCUAAUUUCAAGAGGCUCAAAAAAAGAUAAUUAAACAAUGGACUAACGAGCAGUUACACAGCCAGGUGAGGUCUGGUUUUCUGCACUAUUCUAUUAUAAAUUAAGCAAAUAAAAGAUUUGGAGAAGGUUCAAAGGGUUAAAUGUGGCAUUUGGUAGUUCUUCACUGAAACUCUCAAUACGAGGUCUAAGGAGAGCCUGAUGGUGAGGGAGGCCAAAACAUCAGUGAGAGAACAAAAACUUCAGCAGCAAAAUCGAUUCAUAAAAAACAGUGAAUGCACUGAACAGCUCAGAAACACCAAAAGGUCUGAAAGAACACUGAAGACAAAGUGGAUAAUAUUACUUAUUAUUUCCAUGAUUAAGAUAAGCCACUUUACAACCUCUUGCCAAGUCAAGAACACUCUUGAGGAGAUAGUUGUAUCAUUAUAAAAGUCUACAAUCAGACGUCUUCAUGAAUGGAAACACUUUUUACAUGGUGCAAACCACCACUGGUUAUACUGGUUACAUAUACCAAAUUACACUUUGCCAUAAAACAUCUAGAGCAGUUCUGGAAAAAAUUCUUUGGACCUCUAAUACUACGAUAAAUGUGUACCACAUUACCUGGUGGAGCGAGCGUUAUGACAUGGUUAGUGCCACUGCUAGUGGAACUGAGUCACUGGUGUUUAUUGAAGAUAAUGACAUGACUACACUCUGUUCAGAUUCAGCUGUAGCUGUAAAACUGAUCACACUGAACUUCGCAGCGGAAAUGGAAAGCAUACUGUGAUAGCAACCCAGGCAAAACAGUUACAUAUCCUUCAAUGGUGAAGUCAUUCGUGCAUAUCUGUCUGAACCGAGCAUGUCGUUAAAUACAAACCCAAUAAUAAGCAACUAAAUGUGACCACAGUAAAGGCCUAGCAGCAAAUCUCAAGGGAGGAAAUGCAACAUUUGGUGACGUCUAUAGAUUCUAGACUUCUAGGAUUUUUUAUGUAAGUAUUAAAAACUACUUUAACUGAUGUAGUUUGUGCAGUUAAUUUUGAACCUGUAAAAAUGGGGGACUGUGUUUCCUAAACAGUUUUCCUAAACAGUGUUAACCCACCGAAUUUAAGCUUCAAGUCUGCACUUCAAUCACAUCUUCAUUGUUUAAAUUCACUGUGGUGGUACAUUUGUCAUUGUUCAAAUACUUAUGGGCCUAACUGCGUAUAUAUAUGUAGACUUUUCCAAGUGUGGUAGUCCUGAUUUUAGCUCUGAUCAUUUAUUUGAUUUAGAGCUCGUUUUCCUUAAUCAUAAAUUCAACUGACUUAAAUUAAAAAAGAAGGCUCAUGUUUUGCACAAUGCCUUUUCCCACUAUCCCUUAUUCCAGCUAAUAAAACAGGGGAGAUUUCGCUUUGUUCCUUCACACUUUGAAGGUGAAGACGUUCAACAGACAAGUUCACAGAUUUUCCGUAAGAAGGGCUUAUUAAUUACUGAUAUUUUAGCUUGUGUUUUUACACAAGCCUGGCAGAUACUAUUUCAAGCAGUGAAGCCUCAAGAGGUGACGAUAUACACUUUGCUACCUUGCACAGGUCCUGCAUUAGUCAUACCUGACAGUUAUGGUGCACAAUUAGCUCCCCUUAAUGGCUUUUUCUGAAGGAAUGCAUAUUCUCUGGAGCAUAGCCCUAAAAUAGCACAACCACAUUAAUUUCACUAAUAAGCCACUUUUGAUGUCACUGCUUGCUGUCAAACCAGGCAAGUAAACAAUCCAUUUACACACAUCCUUGGUUCUGUGAAAAUUUUAGGCUAAAAAUGUAACUCUGUUCUCAUGUGCUAAUGACGAGUGAAUAUCUUUCCAUAUUCUCUACAAGAGGAAGUUUGAAGUUUGGGGUCCGAGCUGCAGUUUAAUUCAAAAACCCCAACGUUUCUUUUGAAUGUUGUCUUUGAAUGCCUUUAUGGGUAAACAAUCAUCUUCUGACUAAAAUAAGUCAGAAACGGACCACAGUGCACUCUGAAGACAGGAUAAUGUAACUGUAUAUGUUUAGUCUUAUAACCUUUGACACCUUUUUGACCACUUGUCCCAAACUAAACGAGCUACUGAUUGCAGUGUAUGCACACAUGACCAUCACUGUACCUAUAGUGAAAGUUUGCUUUCAUCUCACGGAGAAAGUUUUAUUGCUGAUAGCGAUGAAGAUACUUUGUGUUUCGUAGCGUGUCAUUCAAAUGAUGUGUUUUUAGCUGGCUUCUUUGGCAACAUGGUAUUGUGCAAAGUGUUACAACAAUACGUAAGUUUUAAUGCUGUUAUUCUUUUUUUUCCCUCAUUGUGAUGAGCUACACAUCCAUGCAACAAAGAAGUUUGCUGAAUGCCAGGUUGAUAGUGAUCUCUUUGUGUCGUGCUUUUAAGCCGCGUUAAAGAAAAACAAUGUUGUUACAUUAUCUUUGGGAUUUCUUUCCUAUCUUGUGUGACGGCAACAUGUACAUAUUGCAAAUAAAGACAUGUUCAAAUGUAAUGACAAAUAAAUCAGGAAGG